AAAGCUUGGAAUGUGGAGUGCAGAGAGAGAGAGAGAGAGAGAGAGAUGGGGAAGGACUCGAAGGCGAAAGAUGCGGGGGGGAAAGGAAAGGGAAAGCAGGCAUCGUCCGGAGGAGGGGAUGAGGCCAAGGGCGCCAAAGGCAAGGCCAAGUCAGACCUUGGAACCUGCACUUAUGUCAAAGCGAGGCACAUAUUAUGUGAGAAGCAAGGGAAGAUCAAUGAAGCGUACAAGAAGCUGCAAGAUGGUUGGCUAAGCAAUGGUGACAAAGUACCUCCUGCUGAGUUUGCCAAGCUUGCAUCAGAGUACUCAGAAUGCCCAUCAGGGAAGAAAGGUGGUGAUCUUGGAUGGUUUCCUCGUGGAAAGAUGGCUGGCCCUUUUCAAGAUGUGGCUUUCAGCACACCUGUUGGUGCCACAAGUGCACCAUUUAAAUCAACGCAUGGAUAUCACAUAAUACUAUCUGAAGGCAGGGAGAACUGAUUGAACAGGAAAGGGUGAUCCACGAGUAUCGAAAACAAUUGAAAGCGGUCAUCAGAGGAUGAUAUACUGCAAGGGAUCUCUAGAAAACAUAUUGAGAGCUUCAUAGUUGUUUGUAGACCUCUUUUGUGAUGGUUUCUACCCUGUAUAAUUUAAACUUUUCAAUAGAAUUGACUAAGCGUGACUUUGGGUAUAAUUGGUUUCCUGACAAGUAUGUUGCAAAUACAUGGACACUUGUGUUGCUUAGAUU